AUGUGGCUCCUCCUCCCGCACAUCCUGUUCGGGGUGGAAGCCCUCCUCCCGAUUCUUUGGCUAAAACUGAAGUUGCAUCUCUUACUCUGUUGUUCACCUCAGGGUCUCAGCCUCUUGGAGGUAAAGGACCAGCUCCUGCUCAUGUACCUCAUGGAUUUGACCCAUCUCAUCCUGGACAAAGCCUCCGGAGGGUCUCUUCAGGGACAUGCUGCAGUUUUGAGACUGGUGGAGAUUCGCACGGUUUUGGAGAAGCUUCGUCCCUUGGACCAAAAACUGAAGUAUCAAGUUGACAAACUAGUCAAGACUGCAGUGACAGGCAGCCUCAGUGAGAACGACCCACUCCGUUUUAAGCCUCAUCCCAGCAAUAUGAUGAGCAAGUUGAGCUCUGAGGAUGAGGAGGAAGAUGAGGGAGAAGAAGGCCAAUCAGAAGCUUCAGGGAAGAAACCUGCAAAAGGAACGGUUAAGAAAUACGUUCCACCACGCUUGGUUCCAGUACAUUAUGAUGAAACGGAAGCGGAGCGGGAGAAGAAGUGGCUAGAACGGGCCAAAAAACGGGCACUGAGCAGCUCUGUCAUUCGUGAACUGAAGGAGCAGUACUCAGACGCCCCAGAGGAAGUCCGUGAUGCUCGGCAUCCGCAUGUUACUCGCCAGAGUCAAGAGGAUCAACACAGGAUCAACUAUGAGGAGAGCAUGAUGGUGCGCUUAAGUGUCAGUAAACGCGAGAAAGGACGGCGAAAACGGGCGAAUGUCAUGAGCUCCCAACUCCAUUCCCUCACACACUUCAGCGACAUCAGUGCUUUGACAGGAGGAACCCCUCAUCUUGAUGAGGAUCAGAAUCCUGUCAAGAAGCGGAAGAAGAUACCGAAGAAAGGUCGGAAGAAAAAAGGUUUUCGGAGGCGGCGGUGAUUACGGGUAUCCAUAUUUAUAUGUGUAUUUGUUGUCAUCCUGGGAUACUUCUAAUUUCACUGUAUGUAGGUGUUUUUUUUUUUCCUUGAAAUUCAUUGUUUGCUCUGGAUAUAUGGAAAGAUCUUUAUUAAUAAAAUUGAUUUUACUUAUGAA